UGCGGCAGGUUGAUUGACGUGGGAACCCGCCAAUCAGCGGCCGGCGGGUGGGUGGCAGAUGUGAGGCACUCUUGGCCCUCUCUGGCUGCAAGGGAUGGCAGGAUGUGGCCGCAAGCGGAGGAUUGCUGAGGAGGAGGAGGAUAAGGACGAGGAGGAGCUCGACGAGCUGGCUUGCCGCUGGGAGUGGGAAGGGGACGGCGGCGUUUGGAACGUUUACUCCGGCGAGCACGCGCAGGAUAUUUCGCAGGCCUUGCGAUCUGGAAAUACCUCCGUUCAGCUGUGUCUCCCUUCGAACAUCACCUUACGAGUGGAUUUGAAGAAAAUGAUUCAGAAGAACAGCCGGACGGGCUUUGAGAGGAGCGUUCGCUACGCUGUGAAAGCACAGGAGGACUAUUAUGUCUGGCAGUGGCAGGAUGAAGACGCCCUCUGGCACCCCUACAGCGCCACGGUGUCCGCUGACCUGGAGCGGGCGAGGAGGAAGGGGGCAGGGCCUGUCGCCGUGGCCAUCGGUCGGGUCCGCUACCUCCUGGACGUCGGGAGGAUGAGGCAGGUCAACGGCAAGACCAAGUUCGAGCAGAUGAUGAGCCGCAUCCAGUCAGAUGCCAUCGGCGUGGCAGCACCGAGCAGCCUCCCGCAGCCAGCUGGGACGUCCGAAGCCUCGUCUGCAGGGUCCGUCGCCACGAAGAAGCCACGCAAAAACCCCAGGGAGCAGCUGGAGAAGGAGGCCGGCGGCAAUCAGCAGGCGGGAGGGGACAGCCAGGAAACGGUGAAGAUGAUGAUCGUCAAGGGCAAAGCAGCCGUGGACUCGGAGUGUCAAGCGAAACAGGGCAAGGCACACGUGUACUGCGAGGGGGACGAUGUGUACGACGCACUCUUAAACCAGACAAACUUGCAGUUCAACAACAACAAGUACUAUAUCAUUCAGCUACUGGAAGACGAUGGGAAGAGAAAUUUCAGUGUCUGGCUGCGAUGGGGCAGAGUUGGAAAGGCUGGGCAAAACAACCUGAUCUCAUGUGGAAAUGAUCUGAAUAAAGCCAAGGAGAUUUUUGAGAAGAAGUUCCUCGACAAGACGAAGAACGACUGGUCCAGGAGGGCGCGCUUCGAGAAAGUGGCCGGCAAGUACGACAUGCUGAGCCGGGACUACAGCGGCGACGCCCCCGCGGGCAAGGAGAAGGGGAAGGCUGGGAAAGGGACCAAGGCCCCUGCCGUGGAUUCGAAGCUAGACCAGCGGGUUCAGGAGCUGAUUGAGCUGAUCUGCAACAUUCAGGCGAUGGAGGAGAUGGUGGUUCAGAUGAAGUACGACACCAAGAAGGCUCCACUAGGUAAGCUGACCAGUGCUCAGAUUAAGGCCGGCUACCUCUCCCUCCAGAAGAUCGAGGGCUGCAUUAACCGAAGCAUGACUGGGAAGGCCCUGGUGGAGGCCUGCAACGAGUUCUACACCAGGAUACCGCACGACUUCGGGCUGAGGACCCCUCCUUUGAUCAGAACCAAGAAGGAACUGCAGGAGAAAAUUGGACUGCUGGAGGCCCUGAGCGACAUCGAGGUUGCCAUCCAAGUGGUGAAUUCGGAACUGGAGAGCGCGGAGAAUCCGCUGGACCAACAAUAUCGCUCCCUCCACUGCAGCCUCCAGCCGCUGGAGCACACCACACCGGAAUUUAAGCUAAUCGAGAAGUAUCUGAAGACCACCCACGCCGCCACUCACAAUGACUACACCAUGAAGCUACUGGAGGUCUUCGACAUGGAGAAGGAUGGAGAGGGCGACUUGUUCCGCACUGACCUGGGUAACAGGCAGCUGCUGUGGCACGGCUCACGCCUAUCCAACUGGGUGAGCAUCCUGAAGCAGGGGCUGCGAAUUGCCCCUCCCGAGGCUCCUGUCACCGGCUACAUGUUUGGAAAGGGAAUAUAUUUUGCCGACAUGUCCUCCAAGAGUGCCAACUAUUGCUUUGCCACCCGUGAACAAAACGUCGGACUGCUGUUGUUGUGUGAGGUGGCCCUCGGUGAGUGUAACAAGCUUCUGGUCGCCGACUACGACGGUGAUAAACUGCCCCCCGGGAAGGACAGCACCAUGGGCUUGGGCAGGAUAGCCCCGGACCCUAAAAGCAACAUCGAGCUUAACGGCGCACUGGUUCCCAUGGGCCCUGGGACGGAGACGGGGGUGGAGAACCUGAACGGCUACACCCUGAACUACAACGAGUACGUGGUCUACAACCCGACGCAGGUCCACAUGAGAUACCUGCUCAAGGUCCGCUUUGACUUCGCCUCGCUGUGGUGAGCAACAUGCGGCGCGACAGGCAACAGCAACAAAAACAACAACAACUUGCAUUCGUUUGGCACCUUUUGGUGCCUUCGCAAGACUGUUACCGAGCAAAACAGGACACUGGGCCAGGCAGAGGAGGCCCUCGGGCAGGCGAGUGAAAGCUGGGGUGGGGGGUGUGGUGGGGGG